CUAGGGUUACUAUUCCUGCACGAGCGGGGUAUCAUCCACCAAGAUAUCAAGCCCGCGAACAUCCUCGUGUCCCCCGGCGGGCACGCCGUCAUCACCGACUUCGGCUCCUCGCAGCGCAUGCCAGGGCUGCCGGAGAUGAACCCCACCCUCGACGAUCUACGCCUCUGCGCGUCGCGGUACGGCCCGAUCGUGCUGGGGCCAGACGACCAGGUGUCGUUCACGCGGCGGUACGCAGCGCCAGAGCUACUUGGAGUCCACGCACAGGCAGGGCUUGACGCACACGGCCACGUCCACGGCAGCGGCUCGAGCAUCCUCGUCUACGACGAGCGCGUCGACUUCUACAGCCUCGGCGUUAUGUUGCGCGAACUCGCUCAAGGAGAGGCGGCGGAUGGUGGGUCCGCCCAGCGCCAAGAUGCCUGGGAGCGCGCGAGCGACGGACAGCAAGCGCGCGAAAACGGUGUGCGGGUGGAUCCCGACUUUGAGGACUUUACGGGCGAGGUGCGUUGA